CGGAUGCGCGCUUCCAGUACCUUCUGCGGUAUUCCCUCCCCAUUCCCUUUCCCCUUUGUCUCCCACGAAAAUUAGGCACCUUCUCGCCCACCGCCCAGGAUCUACAAGCUACGUGCCCACGAGAUUCAGUGCCCAUUUGGACUUUCACAAGAAGGAUGGCAGCACAGAGAAGACAAAAAAAAAUACAUUAGAAAACUAAAACUAAAAGCACCAUUGGACAUGUUAGACAUCUCUUGUCCCAGGUGGUCCAGACCAGCAGGCAUCAACAUCAAAAGCUUCUGAGUAUUGGUAUUCUCACCCAGCGUAUGCAAGAUACUGGCAACAUUAUCAUCAAGCAAUGGCUUGGAUGCGAAACCACCAGAAUGCCUACAGAAAGGCCAUGCAAUACUAUUUCAGUUUCCCAUGGCAUCUCCCUUCUGCAGUUUCUUCCCAAAGUUCUUGUGAUGAUGAGGCUAGAGAUCCUCAGUCUUUCGGUGACCAUCACUUAGCCCAGCAGGACCACCACUGGGGUUCACAUUUCAGAAGGUCUAGGAAGCAGCGACACGUUAGCAGGAGGUUCCAGGUACCUGCAAGAGAAGACCAAACUUCCUCAGAAGAUGAGGAGGUAGAGACUGAGUCAGACGGGGGCAUAGAAUGUGACCUGAGCAACAUGGUAAUCACAGAGGAGCUCCGCCAGUACUUUGCAGAGACCGAGAGGCACAGAGAAGAGCGACGGCGGCAGCAGCAGCUGGACGCACAGCGCCUGAAUGACUAUGUGAAUGCUGACCAUGACCUGCACUACAACCCCCACAGGUCAGUCAAACCCCCGACCGAGAGGCCGGGCGAGCGACGCAAAGCCGAGAUGAAGCGCUUGUAUGGGGACAGCGCUGCCAAGAUCCAGGCCAUGGAGGCUGCUGUGCAGCUGAGCUUUGACAAGCACUGUGACAGAAAGCAGCCCAAGUACUGGCCUGUCAUUCCCCUGAAGUUCUGAGCCCUGGGCUCGGGGACCCCUGCGAGUCUGCACAGGGUCCCCAGACUCACCCCCUUCCUUUUGGGUACACUCCCUUCAUCUCUCCUUCCCUACAGUUGUCAGGGAAAAGGAACUUUAUGCUGAGAUACUACCAUGUUCACCAGAGUCCCAGUGGACACUCACAGGGUAGAGGUAAUACGCCAGUCACUUGGAAUUCAGCAGGACCUACGCUGUUGCCAGCGUGAGAAAUUUUCAGACAUAAGAUGAUAAUUUUGUAUCUCUUGCAUUGGUUUCUGAUGCUGAUA